AUGUGGUUUACCGUGUCACUGCAUUCCCCACCGCUUGCUUGUGCUUGCAGUGAGGCACUUGCUGCAAAGGAUGCAGCAGAGAGCCUGCCCGUGUUCAACAUGAUCGACACCACCAUCCGUGCUAUCGCCGAGCACCUGGGCAGAAGUGGGCCAUGGCACCAGCGCUUCAAGGACCUCCAAGAGGUUUUCACCGAGACGUUCCUUGAGCUGCAGGGCAUUCACAACGUCAGAUGGCUGUCUCGUGGUGAUGUCAUCGCCAGGUUUGUGGCGGUCCUGCCCGCGAUCAUCACCAGUCUCAAGGAGUGGAAUCCGACGCUGUACAAGGUGGUGACCUCGUACAGGUUUCACUUUCUCCUUCUCUUCCUGUCCGACGUCCUUGACCAGCUGAACGUCUUGAGCAAGGUGUUCCAGCGACGGCAGCUGGAUCUGUCUGCUGUGCAUGCGCAGAUCAGACGGACAACAAGCCAUCUCGAGGCUCGAUACGUCGACUGCGGUGACGAGUUUGGUGGCGGUCUCAGCCCCAAGCUUUCACCAUGGCUGGAGAAGCAUGGCCCCGACGGCACAUGGGACGUCUGCAUUGAGGGCGUGGACUCAGAUGGCCAACCGACCACCUUCGACUUCACGCUGCAUGAAGAUCGGCUGGACGACUAUCCUGGCCCCGGGCACCACGAUGCAUGCCUGGACAUCUGCACCGAGUUCGCGGAGCUCAUAGUGGCCAACCUGCUGGAUCGGUUGGGGGACCUUGACAGGCUGUCGGGUGUGCGCAUGUUCACUCCCGAUAGCUGGCCGCACGACAGGCAUGAACGCCUCGCAAAGUGUCAGGAGUGGCUGGAGUCGCUAAUCACUCUCUUUCGGGCGGAUGAAAGCGAAGAAAUCGUGCCUGGCUACUCCACUAGCGCAUGCCUCACUCCUCCUUCCUUACCCAUCUCCUUUGCUGUCCUCACCCCACCUUCUUCUUGCCCUUAUCUUGCUUGUUCUCCUGUUCGGACCCUUAUCUUCUUGCCCUUAUCUUGCUUCUUGCCCUGA